AUGCCUACUCUCAUUGGAAAAGAAGUCGGUCCAACAGGCUAUGGCCUCAUGCGCAUGACUUGGAAUCCCACACCACCUUCUAGAGAAGUGUGCUUCGAGACGUUGGAUACAGCCUUGGAACUGGGUGCCAACUUUUGGAAUGGUGGUGAAUUCUAUGGAACACCAGACAAUCACUCCUGCCACUUACUCAAGGAGUACUUUACCAAGAACCCACAGAACGCAGACAAGGUUGUGCUCAGUAUCAAGGGUGGUCUGGCCCGGGGUGAAUUCAGACCGGAUGGCUCGGAAAAGAACAUUCGCGCCAGUGUUGACGAGUGUCUACGAGUCUUGGAUGGAACCAAAUCGAUUGACAUCUUUGAAUGUGCUCGGCAGGACCCUGGCACAACUGUCGAGCAAACUGUCACAGUUCUAGCACAGCUGGUCAAAGAAGGCAAGAUUGGCGGCAUUGGCCUCAGUGAAGUAGAUGCGGAGACUAUCAGAAGAGCACACAAGGUCCACCCCAUUGCUGCUGUGGAAGUAGAGCUGUCUUUGUGGUCUUUGGACAUUCUCGAGAACGACAUCGCCAAAACCUGCGCCGAGCUGAACAUCCCAGUCAUCGCCUAUUCUCCGCUUGGUCGAGGUGCUUUCACUGGAGAGAUCGCCAAAUUUACGGAUAUCCCAGAAGGAGACUUCCGUCGCCUCGUUCCUAAAUUCCAAGGUGAAAACUACGAGCACAAUCUAAAACUUAUUCAAGAGAUAGUGGCCCUAGCCAAACGCAGGGGAUCUGCUCCGGCUCAAAUUGCGCUUGCCUGGGUCCGCAGUUUAAACAACAAACCUGGCCUUCCUACGAUCAUCCCUAUCCCCGGUGGGACAACUAAGGACAAGGUGAUUCAGAAUACUCAAGGGAUACAGACUCUAUCCGAUGAAGAGUUUGCCGAGAUUGACUCGAUUCUGAAAGGACACGUGGUGCAAGGCAGUCGCUAUUAG